CCAAUGAAAUUUGUCUGACGAUUCAGUGCACAACAAAUAUGUCUGCGCCCAUGAAACUCAACAUGAUGUUUAUGUGACAUAUCUAUUCAACAAAUACAGCUCUUGUGAACCUGUUAGCAAGAAAAAAUACUUAAAGAAACAAAAACUGCAAGGAUGGGUGAAUUCCGAGUGCAUCACGUUAGGUUUUUUGAAUGGACACCAAAAUCAAUACAGUGUAUGUCAUACAGCUCACCCAAUCAAAAGCUGGCAUUGUCCAGAUGUGAUGGUAGUAUAGAACUGUGGAGUGUGAGGGAUGGGUGGUAUCAGGAAGAGGUUAUUCCAGGAGUAGAAGACCAGUCUAUAGAAGAUCUUGUAUGGCAGGGAACCAGACUGUUUUCAGCUGGUCUGGAUGGUCAUAUUCGAGAAGUAGACCUUGUCAGACUUAACAUAAAGAAAUCUUGUCCUUCUAAUGCUGGUCCAGUCUGGUGCUUGACAUCAAAUUCUGCUGGAACCAGACUAGCUGCUGGUACGGAAGAUGGCUGUGUUGUGUUACUAGACACGGAGUAUAACGCACUUGAAUACCUCAGCAGAUUUGACUCACAGGAGAGUCGUAUAUUGUGUAUAUCAUGGCACUCUGGAGAAGAUGUGAUUGUGACAGGUGGAAUUGACAAUAUCCGAGUGUGGAGCGUUUCCUCUGGUAAAGCUAUGCAGCGUCUGACAGUGGCAAGAACAGACAAAAACAAAGAAACUGUCAUCUGGUCUGUGAUCUGUUUGAGCGACAUGACGAUUGUAAGCGGAGACUCUAGGGGAAAAACAAGCUUCUGGAAUGGUAAACAAGGCACACUGAUAAAGCUGGCAACCAUCUCCCCAAAAAUCAGUUUCAUUGUAAAUUCUAAUAUGGACUAUAUUCAUAUCUCAAGAAGACACACACUGAGACAACUUGUAUCGUCGUAUAGACUCGAGUUCGUCAGUUUAACUAUAGCCGCACUUGGAAACUUAUUGCGGGACUGGAUCGGGACGUUGGUUCACAACCAGCAUACACAUGAUGUUCGGGCUGUACAAAUAAUAAAUAAAUCGAUUGUUACUGGAGGUGUUGACACUAACUUGAUACAGUUUAGCUUGACAGCUGUAGGCAGUGAGGGUGGACACAGACAAAAAUCACAUGAAAACAAAUGGAAACGUAUAUCGGCUGUUCCUCAGAAAUCGCUAGUGAAGGUUGCUAGAGAUGUAAAUAUUAUAUUGCUGCAGUAUACUUACCAUAUAGAGGUCUGGCGGCUUGGAUUUACGGACAAAACUGGUGCUAAUGGAGAUAUUCUUACACUAAGAUCAAAUCCCAUUAAAUUGAUACAGCUAAAAACAAAAGGUGGUGCUCCUGUCUUCUGCUGCGGUAUUUCCCAUGAUGCAACGCUUAUGGCAUACUCUGACUGUGAAACUGUAAGGCUGUACAAUAUUAACUUGGAGAAUUUAAAAAGUAUACAGCCUAGUGUGAGUAUGAAAAGAAUUCUGCAGGCUGAUGACAUUCCUCCAGAUGGCGCUCAUUGUUUGUGUUUUACCUCAGAUAAAACACGGCUUGUUACUGUCACCUCAUCAUCCUGUGUACAGAUCUGCUCGAUUCAACAUGGCAAAGUCUCGGUAGAGCAUACAUUCCCCGAGUUGUCAGAUAACAUACACCUACUAGAUGUAAGUCGCGAUGACACGCUCACAGCUGUUGCUGAUCAUGAUUGUAAUGUUCAUGUUUACAGUCUGGAAAGUUUACAGCAUGUAUGCAGUGUACCAAGACAAAAUCACCAAGUGUCUGCCCUCAGUUUCAGUCCAGAUAGUAAAAUGCUGGUGAUGGCAUACACAAACCAAAAGAUAUUCGAAUUUGAUAUAUCACAGACAGAGUUUUCUGAUUGGUCAAAACGACAUAGUCAGAGUUUCAUGAAGGCUUGGUUAAGACGGAAAUCAAAGAUCUCAAAAAUAUCGUACAAUCCCUCUAAUGAUACACAGCUGUUUCUGCAUGAUGAACAGCUGUUCUGUAUCUUAGAUAAAACUCAGAAGUUUCCAGGUGUAAAGAGUUUUGAGGAAUUGAAGUUGGAGAAAACCACAGCCUUUCAUAUCUGUAUGAAAUACAAGUUUUUGUUUCAUCUGGAGGUGCUGCAAGACAACUGGUUGAUUGCCGUGGAGAGACCACAGCUAGACAUGUACAGCUCACUUCCAGAGGCUCUGAAAAGAAAGAAAUUUGGAACUUGAUUGUCAGUGUGUUAUUUUAUGUGCUAUUUGACUAUCUUCACUUCAAGGGUAAUUGCGAAGGAAAAUAUGAAAUAGUAAUUGGAGACAGUGAAUUUGGAGUGCAAUGUAGCGAAAGUUUUAUAUACAGGGAACACUUAUGCAAUCAUCUACUUGUAAUGUGUAGUUAUUUCAUUAACAGUCGACAUUUAUCUACAAAUAUUGCAUUUUAGCAGUUUUUAAACCAGUAAGUUACUGGUAACUAUCGUAAUGGUAAAUCUGAAAUGGACCUAGUGGUAGAAAAAUCAUCAUCUGUCAUAAUAACAUCUGCUCCAAUAAAAAUGAAAACUGUAA